AAUGAAAAAUGAUCAAAUCCAUUCUGAUGUUCAUCCAAAUGACCUGUUUGAUUUCUUAAAAAGGUUAUCGACUUUCAAACUCUCCAAUUAUCCUGCUGGAAAACCACCCUCACUUUCCCCCCCGACUUUGGCUAGUUUUGGUUGGACUAGUGUGUCAGGUACCAAAAAUCGAAUGAAAUGCGAAUCUUGUCAAGCAACUUGGGUCUUGGCCAUCCCCUCAACCCAGUCAGAUACCGGUUGGAGCUCUGCGAGCGGUGUACGCCUUACCCACUUGGGCUGCCGGAUGCGCGUUGAAGAACACCGUAACUCUUGUCCUUGGCGUAAACGACGUUGUAUACCGACGAUCUACACUGGUGCACUACGUUGCUCAGGAGGCUUUGAAGCGGCCUCCGAGCUUAUUGAGACUGCAGCCAACCUUGAACAACUACUUGCACAAGAAACAACCCAGACAACAGCCUUGAAUACAGAACAUCCAUUAGCUCAAGUCGCUAUCGAUACCCUUUUCAUGGCGACAAAGAUCUUGACUAACAAAACGCCCCAAUCAGUACCUCGAGUCACUUCUGCGUCAACUCUCAUUCUUGCUCUCUUUGGCUGGUAUCCUGACUCAAUUGAGUUUCAACAUUCUUCGGUACCUUCUCCUCCUGGCACACCUACCUCUCGUUCGUGUGCCCCCCAAGCAGCCACACCUAGAUCGUCUUCAUCUGGACGUCCUUCAUCAGCACUUAGCUCUCGCACACUCUCAUGCAAGCUAUGUCACCGCCAGAUAGGCCUCUGGUCUAUCCUCAUCCCAACUCCAACAGAGAUCGUCGAUUCCACUCCGCGCCGUCCACCUACCAACCUUUUGACCUCACAUCGUGAUUACUGUCCCUAUCGAGAUCAAGUAGGCGGAUUUGAUCAAUCAGAUUACCAAAACUUUGAGACCACUCCUCGACAGCCUACAUGGCAAGCACACCUAUCUCUCAUCGAACGAUUUGUGGAACGCCAUCGAAAAGCUAGUCAAGCUGCUGCGGAACCUAACUGUCUUGAAAAUCUGAUGAAAGUCUUUAGAGAGGGUAAUGACCAAAAAAGAUCAUCAAGUGGAGGUACUAUAUCUUUUCAUCCGGAGGUCAAUCAGAUUCUUUGUUCAUCUACUUCACGCUCUGAUACACAAAUCUGGGCUUUAGGAUUUGUAAAGGGGACUUUAUCAAAGUGUGCUACGAUGGGUUAAGUAGAUAUGGAGCUUUAUUGGUAAUCUAACUCAAGGCUUUACUUUUUCUGAGCUUGAUCGAGCGGUGCUGUAGAAGGAGUUACACAUAUGCAUGAUGAAACAAGGCUACUGCAUAGCAAUGUAACACUUUGAGUUCACAAGGU